AUGCUCACGUCUACAACGCAAUGUAUUCGCAACGCGGGUAUUCAACUAGUAUCAACGGAUUUCCACCCAAGUGUAGGAAUCUUGAAUCUUGGGUGUGCGUACAAAGUAGCCCCGAUGGAUCUUCAGACGUACCUCCCCGCGUUAUAUGCCCAUUUUGCCAAGACCGAUUUCAUGAAGAGUGCUAUGAAGUUGUGUGGAAUUGCUACUGUGCCACAGUUGAUGAAGAUCUUAGGCUAUGUUCAUAUCGUUCAUAUAUUCAUCCACUCCAUGACCGAACAACAAUUUGAAUAUAUGGAAAAAGGCGGAGCGAAGCAGGAGGUCGAAAAAGAGUGUCGUCAGUGGUAUCUCGUGUGUCAAUUUUGUCAAAUGCCUGUCGUUGGAAAAGAGCAGAUUAUUCGGGAAAGGUAUGAAAGUAUUUAUAAGGAAGUUGUAUAUUCAUAUGAACUUGACGUGCUGGAGGACUCGGCCUGGUGCUACAGGUGA